AACGCUUCAGGCUUUUUGCAUGACAAAACCAUAAACCAGGAAUGCCUCAUCUACAAGAAGUUAUAUUUUGUGCGACGGCUCCUCAAGCUUCAGAUGCAGGCGCAGGAGUAAUUGCUCUUCACGACAUCGAGACUGGUUCCUCUCUCGCAUCAUUCAAGCAGACCAGCUCUGCCCCACAUUGCACUUGUUUUAUUGAUACCCGCGAUGGCCAAGGCGGAUUCAUUAUGGCUGCCCAGCCAGACAAAUCUAUACUCAACGUGUAUAACUUCCAAAAAGAUCAAAUAGCUUUAAAGAUCGUCCUUCCAGAAAAGCUCACCUGCAUAGCCUUGGACUGCAGGGGUGAUUAUUGUGCUGGUGGUACGAGCCAAGGCCGGAUAUACUUAUGGGAGGUCGCAUCCGGCAUUUUAUACAACUCAUGGGACGCACACUAUCAAAAAGUAAACGUACUCCGAUUCACACAUGAUGGUGCAGGUCUCGUUUCUGGAAGCGAAGAUUCUGGCGUGAGCGUCUGGUCCGUGUCGAGAUUAGUAGAUGACAGUCUUCAAACCGAACUACCAGCUCCAUUUUGCACGCUCUCCGAUCACACGUUACCAGUUACGGAUAUCAUUUGUGGUGUCGGUGCUUUCCCUUCGUGUCGUAUCCUCACUGCGUCUGUUGACCAUACCGUCAAAUUAUGGGAUCUUUCCUCGCGCGCUCUCCUGACAACUUUCCAUUUUCCAAAACCAGUUACUUGUCUUUCGUGGGAUGUGACCGAACGGCUGUUUUUUGCUGCGUCUCCAGACGGCUCAAUACACCAAGCCAACCUAUUUCGUCAGCGUGCUGACAAUAUUGGAGGGCAAGUAGUUGAGGCUGUAGGUGGAGGCGGAGUUAAUGAUGUCAUUCGAAUUGGAGACGAAGAUGAGCACGUUCGACGAAAGCGGCUUAUAUCUGUUGGGCAACCUGUCACAGCACUCGCUAUUUCACUGACGUCUUCUCUUCUCCUAGUUGGCACAUCCACAGGACUUGUAUAUGUCUACGAUAUCGCAUCUCAUCAGCUCCUUCGUACGAUAUCGACGCACAAAGGCAGUUCGAUAUCUUACAUCACGUCGAUGUUCAAACCUCCAGACCUAAUAGGUCACAUUAGUCUGACCUUGGAUCUGAAGACCUUGGCUGAUGCCAAGAACCCUAUUCCUGUGAGAACGGUUGUACCCUUCCAGAGGAUGAGAGAAUCAAAAGCUCGAGAAGCACAUGAAGUAUCUAUCAUGCUUCCUAUACAGAACAAGUGCCGUACUAACACCUUAACACCGUAUUCAUGCUCAUCUUCCGAGUUUCAUCGUGAUUACGCUUACUUUGUACAGCCUGUUAGUUCAGAGUCAGGAGGCGUUUCCUUGCAGUCCCGUGUGGCUGAACUUGAAGGAGAAGUAACCCGACUUCAAGAGCAGCUGGGGAAAGCGAAAGGAGUUAAUGAUACUAUGUGGGAGACAGUUGUGCAGCGCGUAAUAGCUCAGGGUAAAGAGAAAAAAGGGAAGGAGGCGGAGGCGGAGGCCAACGGGGACACGGGUGAUUCUUCAGAGGACAGCGGAAGAGCGCGAAAAAAGGGCCGACAAUAAAAGCUGGACCAUCUGGUUUCACCACAAACUCAUUCUCGUAGCUUUGUAGGGAUAUCGAUCCCGGCUUAAUGAUGCAGGACUGGCAAUUGCUGCAGCUGCAGCAUUUUGCUGGUGAUUAUG